AUGAUAGGAGUGGAGGUGAAGCAGAGAGGUGGAAGAUUGGAAGAGAUAGACAUGGGAGACCUGCGAUCUCAUCUUGAGGGGGUCUCAUUGAGUAGUGUCAAGGAAUCAUUAUCACCAUCUGUGUCACAAAUGCAGUAUGUAAAGGAAAGGGCGACUGUUGCUGCUGUCGGGAGGGUGCGACAGGGAGCAUCAUUGGAGACAGGAAGGGCCAUAGCUCAACGCACUUUAGUUUGUGUCGUGGUAGCGUUGGCGUGA